UCUCUCCGGCUCGAGAAAGCUCAAUGCUUCUAUAGCGUCUUCUCGCUGGUUAUCUCACUUAUUCUACAAUUGUGAAAUCAUAGGCAUUGGGUGCUACCUUCUGGUAUCUAUCCUCUCUUUAUCCCGGCCGUAUUCGCGCUAUCAACCAUCAAUGAUGCUAACAUUACCGCCCAGGUACCAUCUUCUUUGCCCACCCGCUCCACCGACAUCUUGCCGUCCCUACGAGAGCUUAUCUACCUUGUCGUAGCCCUUCCUUCUCUUUCAUAUCUCUUUCCUGGCAUCUCCUUUGUGCAGGCAUUUAUCGCUGCAUACGUCUUUGUCAGAUUACUAGCGGUUUAUCGAUCAGUCUAUCGUCGUGACUCGAAGGCUCCUAGCAGUGCAUCUUCACAGUCCACAAUGCAUCCUUCAGAGUCAGAAUUACACAAGGAGGCUGGAAAUGUCCUGUUCAGCCAUCAAGAUUACAAAGGCGCAAUUGAUGAGUAUACCAAAGCAAUCAUCAGAGAUGCGUCUAAUCCGGUGUACUUUACCAACCGCGCCUUAUGCCGGUUACGGGUAUCCAGCUUUGAAGAUGCCCUUGGUGAUUGCGAAAAGGCUCUUGAACUUUCAACAAACAAUAUGAAAGCAAACUUUUAUAAAGGACAAGCGCUAUCAGCACUGAACCGUCCUAACGAAGCUCUCCGAUCCUUCACAAAAGCCUACGAACUUGCCCUCCGAGAAAAAUCGCCGUCUACGCAAGCGAUUGCGCAGUCAAUACUGAACGCCAAGAAACUAAAAUGGGAGGUUCAAGAGGAGCGAAGACUUGAGAAGGAAGCCGCGCUCCUACACGAGAUGAUGGAUAUUCUUGAGUCGAACUAUGCGAAGCGGAUAUCUGAGGCGCUGAAUGACGAAUACGCGGUCGAGCAUGAAAAAUUGGAAAACAAAGAGUUCCUCGAGUAUGAGCGCGACGAAAAGAUAAGUUUGCUACGCAAGACAUUUGAGCGAUCGGACGCAAAGUAUCAGAAGCGCGAGGUGCCAGACUAUAUGAUUGAUCCGAUCUCGUUCAACAUCUUCUACGAUCCCGUGAUGAGCAAAUCAGGCCGAUCCUUUGAGAAGUCUGUCCUUUUGGAGCAUCUGAAGAAUAACCCAUUUGAUCCGUUCACGCGAGAGCAUUUGAAUGAAGCUGAUUUGCGUCCGAACCUUGCCUUGAAGGCUGCCUGUGAGGUGAGUUGAAAUAUUUUAGCGUAUCUAUGGUAUCAGAUGUCUAACGGUGUUGUUAUAGCAAUUCUUGAACGAAAAUGGCUGGGCAGUUGACUAUUAGUGAGACGUAGUAACUCUUGCUACAGUUUUGAUUACUCUUCUACCAGUACUCGGAAGUUUUUCUAUUUUUUUUCUUGCCUGCUGCUCUUCGAUUAGUCUAUCUUUUCGCUUCAUGUUUCUUUUCCUAUUCUUACGAGUUGCAGUUUUCACCAUCAUUGUACAAGUGCAACUGAAUCGCAUCCACGGAGUUUCGCUUUAUUCUUGUUCCUUACGCUUCUUCUUUUCCAUAUUCUUAUGUAUAGUCGACUAAUGAAUCACGAUUGAAAUCUGCGUUGACGCGAUAGACCUG